GACACUGACCAUCUCCUCCACACGACCACACUCUUCGUACUCAUGGAGUCAUCCAACCAAAUCGAUGCCACCUUCUUCUCAUCCAGUGUUGGUGCUCUCAACGCGCUUUCCUCGAUCCGAAAUCACAGCCGUGUUGCACUAAGCAAUUUUCUCACCACCACUGUCUCUGAGAAGCAUGAACAAAACGCGGGCGAACAAUCAGACGACGAUACGCCCAGUCGUUGGUCUGAGUCUGACUCUGAAUCGUCCGACGAUGGAGCACCAUCCCCUAAACCCAUUCCACGAGCCAUCCCCCCUCCUCUUCAUUAUUGGGACACUCCCAGACGAAAACUCCUCGACCUCCCGCUUGAAAUUAUCGAGCAUAUUGCUUACUCCCUUCGCGAGCCGAAAUGUUCCCGUCUUAUGGACAUGGCAGCACUCUACAUAUCGGACCGUUACCACGACUUCUCCGAAGCGAGACACCCUCUCUCUGCGUUAACCAGCACUUGUUGGUUUUUGCGGUCUGCACUUGAGCGCGUUCUCUAUCGAAACAUUCAACUGGACUUGACGGGUUGGAAAGGCCUCAAACACACUGCAUGGCCAGCGGCCUCUCUGAAGUUGUUGUUGCAAACCCUCGAAACACGCCCUGAACUUGCAUCAUACAUCCAUGUUGCUGCCCUAGAUUUUCCUCUCACCGCUGAUUCCGUGGUUAUUGAGGAGGCAUUGGACAAGCUAUUGUCAGCCACAACAAACCUCAAAUUCCUUUGCCUAGCUCAAUGUCCAUUGGCCUUUUGGGAUCAUCGAAUCAAACACAUCAAGGGAUUUGCGACCUCGUUUGCACCUGGGAUCCUUCCUUCCAUACUCGAAGAUCUGUCAUCUCUCGAAGAACUACAUCUUCGUGACUCGCACGUAAUGUCUCUCAAUGGCUCUCUCCCCCGUCACAAAAUCCGGCGCGCUAGGAUGGAUAGCAGUCACGAGCAUGCUUCAGCUUACUUCUGCCGUUUGUUGACAAUCUUUGGAGCGACUUUGCUAGACCUCGAUGUUCGCUUCAUUGGUGGUUUGCAGCAGCGCUCCCCACUUUUUCUUGCCGACCGCUUUGGUGCCAAAAAUUCUCAUUUUGGUGGCCAGAAUCUGCGUUUCCUCCGCCUGGACAAUAUCAGUGUUCUCAGUAAUGUUUCUUCAACCUACGCUCACAUCCUUCGCGGCCUUCCAUCCCUUGAAAUGCUACAUGUCACUCACCAUGCCCCACUGGCCCCUUCGGCCUUGGGCAUGCUACCUGCGUCGUUGAGGGUGUUUACAACAUCCGAGUAUUAUGGGCUGUGGACGGCGGAGAAAGCAAAAGACGGAUUCUUGACUGCGUUCGCCGCAUGUAUCGAAAUGCGGCCCAGGGAGAUCGUCCGCGUGGAAGGCUCGAGCGGGGUCAAGACAGGGGAGCCUCAGGGCAUCACAAUGAAGCUCAGCAAGAAGGAGCGAGAGGCGAAGGAAAAGAGAGACAAGGAACGCGACGCCAAGCUGGACAUCGCCCCAGUCAUGACAGUCUGUGUAGCAGAAGGCCUCCCUUUCAACGAAGUCGAAGAUGCUGCAGGGCCCUUUGUUCGAGUUUUCUUUGGCAAACGGCCAAUCGGUCCGGAGUGGGCAGUGCAUGUAGUGGACGAAGUUUAUGAGAGUGCCAGUGAGAGCGAAGAUGACGAUGGCGAUGAUUAA